CCAACCACCCGCGAGUGCGCGUUGAGCCAGGAUCUUUUGUGUCUCUUCCUUAGGUCAGACGAUGGUUGAGCUCGCUUCCAAGGACACAUGCAACGCUUGCAGGGGCAGUAGUUGUUCGGGACAAAUGCUGGUACGAGUCUCUUUCGCUGCUAAUUUUCGCCGAUUGGCAUGAGCUCUCAGACUCAGCUGUUGAGUUUCGCAGAAUCAGGAUUGACUCAAUCAUGGUGGGAGGCUCGAAGGAUGGCCAUUUCAGAUUAUUCAAGGCUGGCAGUGCGUCGAUUUGGCUAGUACUAGUACGAACGAGAACCACGGCAUGCAGCGAUCGCUGAGCGUCGUCUUAGCGUUCUUCGCUUCCGAGUCGUCCGCUCGAUUCAAUAGAAGUUCUAACCUUCCCAUCUGACCGAACUGUCCAUCCACCCCCAACAGCCUCAAUAACCGACCACCACCACUCGCGGCGCAUCCACUACUAAAUGCUUCUAGCACUCCCGCGCUCACCAUGCUCCAGUCGCCCCCAUCCGCGGAGCCCUCGUCCGCGCGCGCGAGGGCCCCACGCGAGUUCUUCUGCCCGCUGUCGGGACGGGUGAUGCUGGACCCGGUCAUCGUCGCGUCGGGCUGCACGUACGAGCGCGCGCACAUCCUGCACCGCCUGCGCGCCGCGGGGCCGCACGAGCCGGCGUGCUGCCCCGUGACCGGCGCGUCGCUGCCACACACGCACGUGGUGCCGAACGUGGCGCUCAGAGAGCUGAUCGCCACGUGGCUGGCGGCGCACGGCGGGAGUAGUAGCAGUACUUCCGUCGCUGCUCGCGGCAGCAGCAACAACGGCAGCAGCAGCAACGGCAGCAGCAGCAUCGGCAGCAGCAACAACGGCAGCAGCAACAACGGCAGCAGCAGCUUUAGCAUAAGCCUCAGGCGUAGUGGCAGUGUCGGCGGACAUCUAGGCAUACACAGCCACAACCACAGCCACAGCUACAGCCACAGCCAGAGCCAGCGCGGCGUUAGCUCGCAAUCACCUGCGGCUCUGCAGAUGUCUUUCACAGAUUCCUCGCCCCGUCGCUGCCCAUCUCCCUCCCUCCCGGAUUCACCUCCCGGCUCCGCUUCCCCCUCGCCCUCCCCCUCCUCCACCUUCUCACCUACUAAGGGCCCCGCGGUGGCAGCAGCCACGCGCGCUCCGCUUCCCCCUUCCCCUGCCCCUUCCCCGUUCCCUUCCCCGUUCCCUUCAAGGGCGGGUUGCCUUUUCUCCCCCUCCUCCUCCUCCCCCUCCUCCUCCUCCGCCAGUACUUCCCCCCCGCCCCUCUCCUCCUCGUCGCACGCCUCUCCCUCUUCCGCCGCCGCUUUCCCCCGCUCAACCUCCUCCUCCCCCGCCUUCGCUUCCUCCCCCCACCCUUGCCCCGCAACUUCCGCGGGCCCCAAGUUUCCCCCUCCCGUGUCCGCCAGCCCCAGGAACCGCGAGCCUUCAUUGAAUCACAACGGGAACCAGCUGAUCAGUUAUCGAGUCCCCGCUGGGCGCAAUCUCAACGCCCAAUACACCAUCCCUUCAGCUUCAUCAUCAGCUGAUAAACCAACGGUACAAGCUGCCGGACAGUCGUCAGCCGUCCGCCAGCCGUCAAAACUGCCGGCGAGCAGCAAACCACAGAACGUCAGCGGGUCUCCGGCUCCGGUGCAGGCGUCACCUGCCAGCAGCAGCAACUGCGGCGGUGGCGGAGGGAGCAACGGGAGUGAAGACCUUUCUCCCAUGGGCGGUGUCACAUCCCCACAAGGCCAGCCUAUACUUACAGAAUGGAAACGGGAGCAGCAGCAGCAGCUGCAGCAGCAGGAGGAGGGACUGCUCCUGUCGCCCCAGCGGCAUGCAGCUGGCGCACAAACGAGGCAGGCAAGCACACAUAAUUCGAUGCAGCAGCAGCAGCAGCAGCAGCAGCAGCAGCAGGCGAAGAAUACUAAUCAGCCCAGCUCCCAAGCAGAAGCAUGCAAAUCAAGCGAUGGAGCGCAGACUGGAGGUGCACGAGGCGGGGUGGCAGCACACAAGGCGAGUGCAUAUGCGCGCCCGGUCAGCAAAGGCGCUGCUGUCAAAGGAACGCCUCAACGCACAGCAGGCAAAGCCAAAGGCCCGCUGCUGCUGGUAAGCCAGCUUGUGGGGCAGUCAGCGGGCAGGGCGUCCAAUGCCCAUCACAACACAACAGCCUCUAUCACAGUGUCUGGCCCGGGUGCUGUCACUGUCACGCAAGGUGCUGCUGCUGCUGCUGCUGGCGUCCGUGCCAGAGCGGGAAUCACAGCUGCCCCUGGUGCUCGCGCAGCAGCCUCUGCUGCUCGUGCCCGUGCUGGUGGUCCAGGCGUGGGGCGUGGGCGCGGCAUGGGCAGUGGCGGGUGCAAGCCCCGCGUGCAGCUGUCCCUGCAAGUCGGAGUGCCCUCCCCUGGCGUUUGGAGCGUCCCUGGCUCGGAAGCCGCUGCAGGUGCUGGUGUUGCCGCGGGAGGGUCAGCAGCCGAGGCAGCACGCGGUGAUUCAGCGGCCGAAGCAGAGCGAGGGAGCGGAAGAGGCAGCGAGAGCGACAAGCAGCAAUCUAGUGGGCAGAUUCUGAGGCAGCCCACAGCAAAGAAGCAGACAAACGGGCAGACGAGCGUACAGAAGCAACCCCAGCAGCAGCUGUUGCAGAAGGCCACGCCGUCAAACAAUCCCCUUCAGCAGCAGCCACCGCCACCGUUUGCCCUGCCGGCUUUCCUCCCCCCUCCACUCACCUGCCCCUCCCUCCCGUCCUCUACCCCUCGCCCACUCUCCUUACACACUCGGUCUACCAGCAUCAGCACCCCCAUGGGCCUUCGUCCUCCUCUGUCUAGGGACCCGCCCUCUCCCUCCCUUUCCUUCUCUCACUCACUAUCCACGUCUGUCUCCCCAACUGAUCGAAGGCUGGGUGAAGGCGGCUUUGGUGGCAGAGGCAGGGGGAGCGUGCGGCCGCUGGUGCUGGGAAAGGUCGGCCUUGGCGCUGCUGCUGCUGGCAGUCUUCAGAGCGCAAGGGGGUGGACGGCACGGCAGGAAACGGUUGGAGUGGAUAACGAGACGAUGCAGGGCAGAAAGGCAGUGCUCUCGGGGGGAGAAGCGGGGGGACGGAGUGCAGGUGGUGCAGCUGGGAUUGGUGGGGUGAUGAGCUUCGGCAGGGGAACAUCAGCGGCAGCAGCAUCGGCAAACGAGGCGGUGAGAUACAAAUCAGCCAGCACGAAGGUGGCGCCAUCCAACGGCGUCCCUCCCAUGCUCAGCCGCAGUAUGUCCGCCCCGCUAUCCGCCCUGCGUGCCAUGCCCCCUAACGCCCCCUACCUGCGCCCCACCUGCCUUCCCCCAUCCACAUCCUCAGACAAUGUCCAGCACCAGCAGCACCAGCACCAGCACGGGCAUAAUACCUCCCGCAUCAACCAGCAUUCUAGCUCGCAGCAGCAGCACCGUCGCUCCCCCUCACAAGUCCUCCUUUCGACCAUGUCUCCUGGUGCCAGGCCGCUCAGGCCAGGGGCUCCCAGCCCGCGCAGCAUCAGCCAGGCGAGCAACGCAGGCCGAGCACGGGCUGAACAACCUGUCGAGGGGGGGAACUGGAUGGAGAGGGGCAGGAUACAGGAGAGCAGGGUGGUCGAGGGCGCGGGCACAGGCACAGGCGGUGGUGUGGAGCAGCAGGGCGCGCAGGCAGUGCAAACAGGGAGUGGGGGCGAGGAGGCGUCAGUGGAGAGGCCCAAGGCUGGGCUUGGUUUAAGCCAGGAGAGGAUGCUGCGGUCGUCCCGGUCGUCCAACGCCCUGCUGCUGUCCCCCACCCCCGCUUCUCUCCUGCACCAGCGCUGCAGCCUGCCCGCCCGCAGCACCUCGUGUGUGAAGCCGCUCACCGGACUGCUGGGGGGAGGGGCUGCUGCCAGGAAGAGCGCUGGAGAAGUUAUGGGGCGGAAGGGAACUGAGAGAAGUGCUGUUGAUGCUGCUGCUGCUGCUGGUGGCUUGGAGGGCGUUGCUGGUGGAAACAGCGGUGGCGAUGGCUGCGGGCGGCAGCUUGAGGGAGGAAAACAGGCGAAGCCGGGAGAGGAAUGUCACUCGGAGGCAGGGUGUGGGGCGGAAGCACCUGUGGGUGAUGGUGAUGGUGGUGGUGUGGUGUGUGCUGGGGAGCAGCUGGUGGAGGUACUUGUGGAUGCCUCCAAGUCCAUGGAAGUGAGGGCGGCUGCUGUCAAUGCGCUGCUGCUGCUUGUCACAGAACACCGCGGCGGACUGUAUGCAGCGUGGAAGUGUGGUGCCGUGCCCGCCCUGCUGUCACUGGCACGCAGUUACAGUGACACACACAGGAAGCAGCAGAGUCGUGAAGUGCACUAUAGCUAUGAGACGAUGGGCGAUGGGGGCGCUGAAGCGGUUCCAGCUGGUGAAAUGGCAGCGAAUAUUGCUCGCAUCUUGAUGCACGUGCUGGGAGAUGCACCAUCAUCACAUGCCAAUGAUGCGAUACUGCAUGAUGUGGCAUGGGCAACCACAGGGAUGCUUGGUAGCAGAGUGCAAGGUAUGGAUGCACAUGUGAUGAGCCUGCUGACGUGUCUUUCUCGUCAGCCACAUGGGCAACAAGCCAUUGCUGACGUGGCAGGGAUAGCAGCAGCAUUGGUGGAGGUGGUUGAGGGACCGUGUGUGCGGGCGAGAGGAGCAGCAGUGAAGAUGAUGAGAGAACUCGUAGUCGGGGGAUUUUUGUCUGCCGUCGCCUUGGUUGGCGAGGGUGCAUUGCCUCCACUAGCGAGGAUCUCCCUUAGCUUGGGAGAAGGACCGGCUGGCGAGGUCAUGAAAAAAGGGGUCGAAGAGAGGGAGUUGAUCAAGAAUGCUCGUGCAUUGCUUUUCCUACUCAAGGAGUCCGUUUGGCAAGGUGAAGCUGAUGCGAUUGACGACUCGUUCUAGAAUUAAGUACUCUUCUAGUAACCUUUUGUAAGCUGGAACUUUUUGUUCCAAAAAAUGUACAUUCCAUUGUAUGUUAAGAAAUGUUACAUCAGGAGCAUUCAUUAUUA